AUGGCGACGAAGCCCCCUCUACCGCCGGCUCCGACACUCGUGACAGCAGUCGUUGAAAAGACUCCUCCCCACGCACCCGCGGAUCCCCUUGCCGGGUCGGAGGCAGGACCGUCUGCUCCCGCUGCUGUUCCGUCUACUCCGCCUGCGGCACCUGGCCCACCGGCUCCCCUUGUCGAGCCGUCGGCGUCUGCCCCUGCUGGGGGUGUUGCUGAGCCCCCUGCACCUGUCCUUGGCGCCCCUGUUGCGCCGACCGCUUCUGUCCCCUGCUUGCCUGCGCCUGCCUCUGCUUCGUCACCAAAGGCGGCGUCCGCCACCACUGGCGAGCCAGCUCCAUCGGUUGCGCCUGCGGCGGCGGGCCAGUCCGCCCCUGCUGUGACGGCGGUGGCUCCGGCAGGCCACCCGUCACGCCCUCCAUCACCUGACCGUCGCUCGUCGCGCCCUCAUUCCCCCGCUCCCCAACAGGAACGCAAAUCGUCUCGUCGCCGGCGUGAGUCUCCACGGCGGUACCAGCAACAGCCGCACUGGCCCGCUCACCACGGGGGCCAGGGGGAUUGGAGGGGUCCCCGUGCUCGUGGCGGGGGUGGGGGGUAUCGCCCGCCCGUGACGAUGGCGGAUCUUCAGCGGGAAGUUUCGAGGGCGGUUCGGGAGGAGAGGGCGGCGCAUAGCCAGACCGCGGGAGUGGAGUUUGUGGCCGCGGGUGGCGGCUCGUUGGCGGCUCCGUUUGCUCUCCCAGCUGAUGCUGAUGAGCCGCUCCAGUUCCUGGCGGAGGCACUCCAGCCUCUGCAGACCCGUGUUCCCGAGGCAACACUCGGACAGCUACACCGCCUCGCCGACAGUCUCCAUGCUCUGCUGCUGAUUCAGGUGCUGGCCCACUCGUCUCUCCCUGUGAUCCCUCCUGAGACGUUCCGUGGCCGCCAGCGUGAUUCUUGCCUGGACGCGGCGGACCAGCUCGCGGUGCUGCUGGCGCCCGUGCUGGCUGCGCCCGCGGAGGGAGGCGCUGCUGCCGCGGGACAGCUUGACGAGGCUGUCCGGGGCCUGAGGCGGCACUUGCGCGCUGGAUCUGGAGCCGCGGCGAUCGGCGCAAGCACGCUUGUGCUGUGGCGCUCCCUGACGGGCGUUCUUCACGCCCUUGGAGCUCACCGCAUGUAG